UAUAGACAUUGUCAAACGAAAAGUCACCUGCUACUUUAUUUUUAAAUCAUGAAAUCUAGUCUAGAUCUAGAUCUAGCCUAUUAUACAUAGAUCUAGAUAGCUAUACAUCUACAUUAUUAGAUUCGAUCUAGAUACGUUUUACUCUCUAAGUUUAAGUAAUAAUAGGUCUAAAUCAGACAUGGGCGUAGCCGGUGGUGGGGGUUCGGGGUUAACCCCCUCCACCCCACCUCGCGGGGUGACCAUCUAGACCUCAUUGUAAGUAAAAAUAAAAAUGGAACUGAGAAAAGACUGCUUUGUAUCUGAAAUAGGACAUGGUAUCCUUCUCAAAAUUGAAGAUAUCUGUCUUGACAUAAUCAAUCUUACAUUGAAAGAUGAACAGCCCAGUCUUUUUUAUCCUCGGCGAUUGAAAUGGCCAAGUGUGAUGCAAGGACAAGGUGUUCGAAGUACCAGUGCUGAAAUUCCCAUGGUACAAGUUGAAUUCAAAGAAAAUAAACCAAAGUCUGUCAAGAAAUUUGCCACCAUGCUGAAGAUUUUGAAAAUUAUUUACACUCUAGUGCAAGAGGGAAAAUACUGCACAAAAAGAGAUAUUUUCUACCAAUACCCAGAUUUAUAUCCAUGUCAAGCUUUUAUUGAUAGAAUCAUUGAUGAUAUAGCCAGUAUGCUGAAAGUACCUAGGCAGGAAUUACAUAUUCUUGCUACAAGUAAAGGUUUAGUAUCAGGGGACCUUCAGUUUGAAAACAGUGAAGGGAUUUUCAUUGAUUGCCAGCAUACAGCAAUUGGUGUUCCUAUUGCUCCACAUUCCCGAGAUAUGCAAAAUCUUCAGACGCAAGCUAAAUUUGUCUUGGUGGUAGAAAAAGAUGCCACUUUUCAGAAAUUAAUGAGCCAUCAGUUCUGUAAAAAAAUGAAAACAUGCAUUCUUAUAACAGGAAAAGGCUAUCCAGAUAAUGGUACACUUUUCCUGCUACAAGAAAUUUAUGCUCGCCAAAGGCUGCCUAUUUUUGUUUUGGUAGAUGCUGAUCCUCACGGUAUUGAGAUUAUGGCUGUUUACAAAUUUGGAUCUAAGAAUCAGAUGUUAGAUCAAACACUUGCUUUACCUUCAGUGCAAUGGAUUGGAAUCUUACCUGAAGAAAUUAAAAGGUGUCACAUUCCAGAUUCUACUCUGUGUACUCUGUCACCAAGACAUCUUCAGAUGUGUGUUCAUUUGAAAAGCAGACCUUACUUUCAACAUGAUGAAUAUAUGCAGUCUCAGCUAGACAUUCUUAUAGAAUUGAAAAAGAAGGUGGAAAUACAGUGUUUGGAUGCUAUUAGUUCUAACUAUUUAAGUGAUGUUUACUUACCUCGUAAAUUAAAGGACAUCAUUUAAUAAGGCUUUGUAUUUUGUUUUUAAACUAAUUUAGAGUUCAAUUUGGUUUUAUGCAAUAAUUUAUUUAAAUAAAUAUAUUAUCAAUUAUG